CUUUGUGUGCCCAACGCGUAGUAUCUCACGACAACUUUCACAACACCUCGCUAAGUCCUACUUAAGGCUUUACUCAAAUUCUCUCACGUCACGCGGUUAAACUACUAUAACUUCCAUGAUGGAUUCCAACCCUUGGCCAAAGCUCAAAAACAUCCUUCCCACCGACUAUUUCUGUGAGACUUGCAAUAAAUCCAUGAAAUACAAGGACCACAAGGCCCACUUGUUUGGAAAAGGCCAUAAGGCCAAGGUAGCAGCGCUUUCGAAGCCUGAAGAAGGGAUGGAGCUUGGUGGAACAUGGGACAUUACUCCACUUGCUGCGGAGCUCACUGCUGAUGGUUGCUUUAACUGUGGACAGCGUAAGUGGAGAGUAACCUCCCUUGUAGACGUGAGUGAGUGCUAAUAAACCGCACAGCUGGUCAUCGUAAGACUGAGUGUACCG